GGCCCCCUGGUGAAUCCUGUCGGCGACCACAGUCAUCAGCCUGACCUGGCAUGUGCAAGUUCCAAAGCUGAUGAUGCUCUCCUCUUUGGGGCUGCUUUGCCCUUGGCGUCAGCUUUGGCCUUUAUCUUUGAUGACCUGCUCGAGCUUCCCCUUCAUCCUGGCAGGAUCGGCACCCUUGGCUUUGGAGAGAGGACCAAGCCCUUCUCGUAGCGAUCUUUCCUGCGCCCAAAUGAGGUGUGGCCACUACACCACCUGGCUGAUGAGAAGAGGACUUUCUUCUUCGAAGAUCACAUCCGAUCAGAGGAUGACCAGCCUGAGCUUGCCAGCUCCUCUUGCAAAGGUCAGAGCACCUUUGCUCCAGCACGUCUCAUCGCAUCGAAGCACCAGCGGAGGCCAGAUCUACUUUUUCCCACGUGAUGGACAUGAUGCCACUGUGAGAUUGAGAACAGCUGUUGUCUCUAUGCUGUCCCGCUACGAAAGUCAUGGCCGAUCGAGACUCCAUGGGCUUAAAGCAGGGCUUUUCACGAGGCAUGUAUCGACGAGCGAAUGUGGCAACAGGUCAACAUCAUCCAUGGGCAAAGUCUGCAGGUUGCUGCAGCAGCUAGUGGUUCAGCAACUGGUGGUUGAUGAUGCCCAGAAGUAUCAUCACCAUGGUCAACUUCAGGUGAAGCAACAGGUUAUUGAAAGACCGCCAGAAAGUUGGCGAGCGCUUGAGAGCUGUGGAGGGCAGGGAUUUGGCUAACAUGACAUUUCUA